CGAGCACUUUCACUUUCGGGGCUGUUUUCCGUCAGACGCCAGAGCAGGCUGGCGCGAGAGAGGACGGCGAGAAGGACCAGGAGGAGGAGCUGAUCUCGGAUAUGUGCGAUCGAUUUUUCGGAACCAAGAAGAAAGUGGAGGUGAAGCUGGAUCCCAACACCGCGUUCCCCACUCUGCUGAUCUCCCAAGACCAGAAAAGCAUGAGGCUCGGUGACCGCCCCCAGUACCUUCCCAGCAACUCCGAGCGUUUUGAUUUCCGGCCCUGCGUGCUGGGUGCCCCAGGCAUCACUAGGGGGCAGCUGGACUGGGUAGUGGAUGUGGGUGCCGGGAAAGGCUGGAUCGUCGGCGCCGCCCGGGAGUCGGUGGAGAGAAAGGGGAAUCUCUACAUAACGGCUGAGCGGGGGUUCUGGGGGCUGGAGUUUAACAAUGGGGAGUACCAGGCGCUCAGCACCCCUAAGACGACGCUUUUCUUACGGGCGUCUCUGCGCAGGAUCAAGGUGCAUCUAGACUACCUCCUUGGACAACUCUCCUUCUACAACAACGACACCAUGGAGCACAUCUUCACUUUCAACUACCCCUUCUCCGAGAAGAUGUUCCCCUUCUUCUUGACCUGGGACACGGACGUCCCACUCCAACUCUGCCUAUGUGACUGAGAGAACCUCCCCACCUUGCGUUUUGCAAGAGCAGGGAUGUUAUACUCCAGUGCCUGGCCAAAAUUCCAGCCCUGGGAAUGAGCCGCUGCCACCAGCCUAUGUAUGUCCACUUUCACUUUCACGUCCUGUCCAGAUUGGGUGCGUAGCCUCCUCGACUGUCUCGCGUGACUUUGUCAGGUGAUAUUUUGUGUUUCUUGACGUCUCCAGCUCUGUUAGCCAAGUUUUUUUUGUGAGAAUCUGUGCUUUCAUUUAAAAAAAAAAAAGAACUAGUUUUCUAACCCUUUGAGUUGCGGAGAAAACCUGUGAAAACCUGACCCAAGAAAGGUCAAAACCCAGAAGGCAAAUGUGGAAAAAAACCCUCCAAGGUUUAUUACUGUAUUUGUAAAAUCUUGUGAUUUUUUUUCAA